CAGUGAUUCCAUAACCCUGCGCCAGAGGCAGCAGAAGACACCCCGGAGGAGCCGCGGGCGGCGGCGGGAGCGCGGCUGCCCCUGCCGGCCGGGCGGGCCGGGCGCUGCCGCCAUGUCGGAGGCCGCGGCGGCGAUGGCGGAGCCGCGGCUGCGGCGCAAGCAGCUGCUGAGCGCGGAGGAGGCGGAGCUGUUCGAGCUGGCGCAGGCGGCGGGCAGCGGGCUGGACCCGGAGGUGUUCCGGGUGCUGCUGGACCUGCUGCGCAUGAACGUGGCGCCGCUCGCCGUCUUCCAGGUGCUCAAGUCCAUGUGCGCCGGGCAGCGGCUGCCGCCGGGACCCGAGGGCGGAACCCCCGCUGCGCCGGCGCCGCUGCCCGCCGACACCCGAGAGUCCUCCGAGGACGGCCGGGACCCCGCCCCGCUCCUCCCCGCAUCCCGCCUGCGGCCGCCGCGGCUCUGGAGCCGGCCGCCGCUCUCCCGGGCCUCCCCCGCGGGCUGCCCGCCGCCCCGGGCCCUGCCCGCGCCUCCCGCCCGCCGCGCCGCGGGGAGGGGCGCCCGGGCCGGGCAGCCGGGCCCGAGGGGUGUCUGGGCCGGGCCGCGCGGGGCCCGCGCGGUGUGAGCCGCGGCCCGGGCGCCGGCGGGGAGGGACAGAGCUCUGUCACCUCCGGCCCGGCCCUGGCGUCUCCUGGCUGCUCUCCGCGCCCUUUUUUCUUGCUUUGUAGUCAUUUUAGGCAGCGGGGGCGGAGGAGCGGUGCGUUUUGCCGGGGCGGGGGAGGCUGCGGUCCCUUCGGCUGGGUUUUGCAGCCUCCUGGGUCUGCCCUCUCGGCCUUUAAAAAUCCCCCAAACUUAUUAAUACGCGAUGUUACACAAUGCUGCUUCACUUACAUCUGGCUCAAAAACCAGGAAAGUUUCUGGCAUUUUAGGAAUCCCUGGAAAACGAGGGGAGCUGCGAUGCUUCCUCUGUUUCAUCUUCAUACCGUGGGGUUUCUGCUGCUUGGCCAGUGGUUUCUGUCCCCAGGGGGAUGGUGGUGAGGUGGGAACAGCUGGUAUGGCCACUGCUUUUUGAAUAUGACUGUCUCUAAUUCUCGGUGGACAGUAACAGAUUUAGCCCUGAAGCUGUGCCAUUAUAGAUAUUGCUUUUUUUUUUUUUUUUUCCAAAUCAGUUCUAAUAAAACUUUUACUUCUUGAACUUC